AUGCCUGUGUUCAGCAUUAUUUUGAAGGCAGGGGAGUGGGAAGGCGUCGCGGCCGUGCGGCCGUCGGACGGUCGCUGCUGGGCCCUGAAGUGCCGCUGUCUUACGUGCCACGAGGUGACGGAUAAUUAUUUGUUCAUCGAUUCGAACGAAUUAUGUAGCAGCGGUGGUGGUGGGGUGCGCAAUUACUCGUCGCAGUGCCGUUUUUGCAAGGAGAGGGUGACUGCCAACGUUCUCAGUGCACCACCUUGUUCGAAAGUGGCCCUCGAGAGCGGCAACCGCGGCGUGCCCUCGCUCGGUUCAUAUUGCCCUGACCAGCACCCCGAAGGGGGCGUUGUGGUGCAGCUGGACAUGCGCGGCGCGGAGCCGGUGGAGCUGCGGCUUGAUGAGCAAUGGGUGGUGGAGGGCAUGAGUGGCGUGGUGUUUAAGGACGUGGAUCUUUCUGACGAUUGGUACGACUACGACGAGGCGGCCGGCUCGACGGUGAGCAUCGGUGGCGUUUCAGUCUCUUUCCAUCGUGUGAGGAGGUAG